AUGUCGCUGUUGCCAUUCCUGUUCGACGACAGUCCAUUCCACACAUUCCACACACGACCAUCGAGGCUGCUGGACCAGCAAUUCGGCAGUGUACUGGAUGCAGAUGAUCUCCUGCAGCCAUUGACUAUCCCCAGGCUGCUCACCAGGUGCCCAGCUGGAUACAUCCGAAACUGGAAGUCUGCAGCAUCUCAGAAAGACUCUGGAUCCACAGUCACGUUCGACAAUGAGAAGUUCCAAGCUAACUUAGAUGUACAGCAAUUCAAGCCAGAGGAGAUCUCUGUCAAAUUAACAGGCGAAAACACACUCACUAUUGAGGGCAAGCAUGAAGAGAAACCAGACGAGCAUGGGCAUAUCUACAGGCAUUUUGUUAGAAGGUACACUGUGCCAAAGAACUGCGAUAUGUCAAAGAUCGAGUCCAAAUUGUCUUCAGAUGGUGUGCUGACCAUCACUGCACCCAGGUUGGAUGCAAAACAGAUUGAACACAAGAACAUUCCAGUGGUUGCCACAGGUGAGCCAGCAAAGCAGAUUGAAGGCAAGAAGUGA